UUAUCUAUGAAUGUAACUUACUUUACAUAGGGAUAUCUUCGGUUUCGUUUUUAGUUCAUCUGCGUGACAUAGGCGCGGCGAAAGAUAUCAUCGAGCGUCUUGAGAAUAUGUACACGUUGGUUGGUGUUGUGUUGGCCCUUUGCGUCUCCUACGGAGCCUGUCAGACGACAAUAGACCUCCGGCCCUACAAUGAAACCGCCAAGGCGAUGUUUGUGUCCGCUGAUCUUGAUCAUGACCAGACCUUCACUAUCGAUGAACUGCGGUAUUCUUACAAUGCGUACGAUGCUGAUGGAGAUGGUGUUGUGACCAGAACUGAGUAUACCACAUUCACGGCUCACCUGAACCCGGAAAUGUUCGACUUAACGCAUGCCCUGUACGAUAACUUUGAUGCCGACAAGGAUGAUGUACUUACUCUCUUUGAUUUCAAUGCCUUGUUCAAACUGAUGGAUAACAACGAAAAUGGGCGUGUGAGUCAGAAGGAAUACGUGCAUUGGUGGACAGUGACACUUGAAUCCCUGGACCAUCUCCACCAUCCAUUAGACUACAAUCCAAUUUGUAAACAAGGGUUUAAGUGACUCCUGCAUGAUAAAGUUAUGCGACGUUUAUCUAACGAUUGAACAUGAUACGUUCAUUA